GUGAACUUUGCCAAAAUACGUCACAAAUCUAACUAAUAAAUAAUCUUGUUUAACGUAUUACAAGAUAGUCGAAACAUAGUCGAAACAUAGUCGAAACAUAGUCGAAACACAGUUGAAACCAGUUCAAUUCAGAGUUACUUCAACAAUCAAUCAAUUACUAAAUCUUCUAUAUUAUCAAUUUUACUAAAUCUUCUACUACAUCAAGUUAUACUAAAUUAAUAAUUAUUGGUAACUUCGAUUUUAAGUUAGUGUUAAGAAAUAACUGUAAAGAAAAUAAAUAAAGUAGUGCUACCAACAACAGUUUCAAUUCUCUGCUGAUAACCAGAAGUCCAUUACAAGAAAAUAAAAUUGGUGUCAGGAGUGGGAUUUCAAGAGUUGCGAGGUCGUGGAUAUCGGAAGCUAGGAAACAACCCCUUCAACAAGCCACAAGCACUGGAAUCUUUGAAGGUACCUCCUCUUUCUCUUUGUGACCACUACAAGAUUUCUCGUAACUACGGAAAGAAGGAACGGCCGUGGUCAACCCAAAUAAUUGGACCAAAAGAAACCUCAACGGGAAUUCUGGAAGAGAAUGCUGGUAACGUUGGUGCUACUAUUGUGAGUACAAAUUCUAUUUUCGAAAUUGUGUGAUGCCUAAUUUGUAUCCGGAGCUACCUACACCAUCAGAAAUGCCUGCUAACGUCGAAACAAACUCUGCUCAAAUUAGUAUAUCUUUAGAAUUAGCUGAAAAAAUGCUCAUAAAGUUUGAUGGUUCAAAGUCAAAAUUGCAUGAGUUCAUCGAUAAUUGUGACAAAGCUGUCUCUUUAGUUAAACCUGAAUAUAAAAACAUUCUUUUCGCAAUAAUAGAAACUAAAAUAACAGAUAACGCUAGGGCAUUAAUUAGAAAUAGAACUUUUAAUGAUUGGAUAACUCUAAAAAAUCACCUUUUAGACGCUUAUUCAGAGAAAAGAACUAUUAGUCAAUGGCAGUUGGAGCUUAACAGUUGCAAACAGAAUACAAAUGAAAACGUAAUGUCUUAUGCUAAUAAAGUUGAGAAUUGCUACAUUAAGUUAAUAAAUUCGCUAGAUCAAAAUCUUUCUAGGGAAGCUAGGGAAGCAUGCGUCAAUCUCUUAAAGAAUCAAGCACUAAAUGUUUUUGUCACAGGGUUACAGAAUAACCUUUCUAUAAUUGUUAAAUCUCUAAAACCAGAAUCAUUAGAGGACGCAAUAGCGUUCGCAUUAAAUGAAGAACAGGAACAAAAAUCGAGAUUAGAGAUCCAAAAAUACCAAAAUGUUCAUAAUAAUAUAGCUAAGUUGUGUAGUUUCUGUAAUAAAAGUGGACACUCUAGUUUUAAUUGUCAUUUUAAUAAAAAUAAUAGUCAUAGACAACAUAACGUUAGGCAUAUUCAAAAUUCUAAUCCACAAAGGCCUAAUAAUUCAUCUUUCCAAACCAAUUCAAAAUUUUCAUCGAGUAAACCGAUACAAAAUAAAGUAUGUUCAUACUGUAAGAAUAUUGGACACUUGAUAGGUGAAUGUAGAAAAAGGGAGUAUAACAACAGAAUGCGGAAUAAUAAUUUAAGUAAAACUCAUUAUCCUGGUCCUAGUAAUUCUCAAACUCAUAACUGUAAUUCUUUAAACUCUCAAGUGCCUCGUCAGUCGGCCGGGAUGAGAUUAGCACAGACAUUUCAGGUCGAACAGAAUACCCAGGGCUCUUCAAAUCGUCUAUAGCCAGCAUUUCGUCAAUUAAUUUAGAAUCUGUAGUCUCAUUCGUAAA